GCUUUUCCAGCAUGUCGUUCAGUUAGGAAAUUGUUCAUCAAGGACACAUUUCUACACAUGGUGUUCUGGUGUGAAUGAUUGUUUAGGACUCAACACUGUGGUGGAGCGGUACAUUCAGGAUCACGGCUGGACUAAAUGCAACAUUCUCUAUAGCUAUAAGAGGAGCAGAUAUCUGAGUGCAUCAUGGAUUUUGUGAUGAAGCAAGCGCUGGGCGGGGCCACCAAAGACAUGGGAAAGAUGUUGGGUGGAGAGGAGGAGAAGGACCCUGAUGCCCAGAAGAAGGAGGAGGAGAGACAGGAGGCUCUGAGACAACAAGAGGAAGAGCGCAAGGCCAAACAUGCCCGAAUGGAGGCAGAGAGGGAAAAGGUCAGACAAACAAUUCGAGAUAAGUAUGGGCUAAAGAAGAAAGAAGAGAAGGAAGCAGAGGAGAAAGCGGCUAUGGAGCAAGCAUGUGAAGGCUCCUUGACUCGCCCCAAAAAGGCAAUCCCUGCAGGAUGCGGAGCAGACGAUGAGGAGGACGAGGAGAGCAUUUUGGACACCGUUCUCAAAUUCCUUCCCGGACCUCUGCAGGACAUGUUCAAGAAGUAACAGCACAAAGCUGUUUCUGAACACAGAUGAGUGAGGGGAGAUUUUGGCCAAACAGGUGAAAGGCUUUUCACUGCCUUGACGGAAUUAUAUUCGCUCCUUUCUACAGAAAGAAACACAAAUCACAAAACGACAACAUUUGGUCUUUUCACUGCCAUUCAGGUUCAAAUUGUUUACACUUUCUCUAGUGCUCUCGGUUUGUUUACUAAUCAUCAGGGUCGCUAAUACUUUAAAAGUUAAUCUGCCUUAGGUAAUGAACAUCGACCCCAAAAUAACAGCACAUUCCAGGAUGAUGAUACAGAGCUCAUCAAACGUGAUGGAUUUAUUUAUUUAUUUCAGAGCAUUCACAAACAGUAUCUUGAUACAAUCGUUUGCAGAAAAAUACUGUCGAUGAAGUGCAGAGAUUAUGUGAAUGGGGUCAAAAUCUCACUACCAUAUUUUCCUGGAAUUUAAAAGUCAGUUAUAAAGCAAGUAACCAGAGCAUGCACAAGUCAUGCAGAUAUUUAGAUUUGCGCUGGAUGAAAGAGACACAUCAAUAUUUGUACAGCACAAUUCCUAUAUGCCGCUAGUUUCUGUUUCAAUUUAAAUACAUUUGCUUAGGCUUGAUGUUUCUAUUAAAUGUUGAUUAAAGUGAACGGCUCUAUAUAUAUAUUUUUUUUUUGUUGUUUUAUAGGCUGCUUAUAUUUUUUGUUUCAUCUUCUCUUCUGAAUACUGGUAAAUUUAAAGCAUUUGUUGUGCAAUUAACCGAAAUAUACAUACACUUCUUAUUUUAUUUAGUGCUAACAGUAGCCUAUUUUAUAUUAUUUCAGGAUUAAAUUAUAAGAUACAACUUAUACACCAAGAGCACUUUUUACAGAAAUGCAAUUAUGACCCCUGACUUAAUUUCCGGAAAAUAUGGUAUCUAAUGAAUAACAUUUGCCAUCAGGGAGCUUGUUGAUAUGUUGCCAUUUGUAAAAAUGGUAAACAUUGUUAUACUGUCUUAGAGUACAUUAUACAACAACAAUAUGCUAAAAAUGGAAGCGUUUCUCCCUUGCAUUUAUGAAAAGUUUCACUGUUAUAUGCUAUCAAAACAAUACCCAUCCACAUAGAUCCACAAAAACGACUGAAAACUACUGUAAUAUGCAUGCCAGACAAGAAGAAUACUAUGUGUUUGAGCUAUAUGGUCCUGUAACAUUGUUGUUUUGGUAGUCAAGUACUCGUGCAUGACUAUAAAUGAACCAUAAUACAUGUGCAUGAUGUCACUAUAUUGCACAGAAUCUAUGAUUUGCACACUGAAAACAAUGUUAUUCUUAUCAAACUUUGUUAAAACUUUAUGGUACCCGAAAGUUUUCUGUUUUUAGUGUAAAAUUAUAAAAAAAAGUUUUGUUUAAAAUUGUAAAAUAUCCUUUGGGAGAAAUUUUGAAACAUGAACAUAUAUUCUGUAUUCUUUCUGCAUAUGUACACAUGCAUAUAGUGUUUGUUUGCAACAUGACAUUGCCACCUACAGGCCUGGCAUGCAUAAUACAGUGUUUUCAGUUGCUUCCGUGGAUCCGUGCGAAUGGGGAUUGUUUUGUCAGUAUAACAUUUUUUUCAGAAAUGCAAAAAAGAACGUGUUCAGUAGAUUGUUGUCAUGUAGAAGUACCCCUAGUUGUGCCACGUUAGACCACCUGAGUGCUCAAAUGGUUUUGCAGCCUGGCAGUUCUCAGUUUUGUAUUAUUAUUUAUUUAUUUCAAUUUUUCUUGAGGUGUGAAAUAGAACUUGAUUUGACCACAAGUAAUAUUUACAUUAGCCUUGCCAGCAAAAGAUCAGGAAAACUGGACCAAAUUAUCCUUACAACGAACAACCAUUCAGGACUAAUCACAAUCUGUCAAGCACACAGCAGAUGAACCUUUAGACAUUUACUAUAUAUUCAGUCACGGUUUCACAGCACAUUCAUCACUGCCAAAACAAAACAAGCAGAUGAUUUGAUACAAGACCAUUCACAUGACAAUCAGAAAUGAACUGAUCUCAUCCAGAAAAAAAAGUUAUUCAUACAUACUUCUAUUAAAAGCAAAGCAUUGUUCACUAAAUACUGUAUAUGAUGUCCCACAACACAAGAUUAUCUCCCAAGCUCAUGCCUCAGGUGCUGUUUACGCUAAUGCUUUUUCACUUUAAAACAGAUAAGUUAUGUUACGGUCAUGGCAGACAUUCACACAACUUUCCACUAAAAAGAAGUGUUUUGCAAACUAUUGACCUUGACACUGGAAUAUUUUUUGGCCUGAGACUUCCGGUCUCGUUCACUUCCAUUGAUUUUUAGACAAUAAAAAUGACUCGUUUUGCUGCUUGAUGUUGCAAACUGCUUUUGUCUUAUUACAUUAUUCCACUUUUUAUGUACAGUCAUGAACACACUUGUUUGUAGAGCAAGUAGUUUGACCGUUUUCUGCCAUCAUUUCUCCCAUAGACAAAUCGGAUUUGGAAGUUCUAAAAUAAUCGUAAAACCAAAACUCUUUCGAAUUGAAGAAAGUCAAUAAAGGCUUAGUUUUAGCUUGGUAAAUGCUGGUGUUCCGCUUCAGAAUAGACUCACAAAAACAUUCAAGAUUUCAACUUUCAAGAUGUCCUCGCUACUGUCUGUAGUACGAUGAUGAACUGGUUCAGGUAAAAUACAUAAAGGACAUUGUAACACCCACUAUGGUAAUGCCCAUGUUACUGCUAUGGCUGAGUUUAAGGUUGGGGUUGGUGUAGCUGUUAAUAACUGUGAGGAUUGGGGUAGACAUAGACAUUUAUAACACACAAUGUAAUGGGUAAUUUAAUAAUUAACAGAAAUAAUUUUCAUGUGUAGCUACAACAACUUGUGCAUGCACAUGCUCUACAUAUAGAACCUGAUCCAGUAUGUCACUGUGCUACAGGCUGCAGUGAGGACACACUCCAAACUUUUGAUAAUGGAAGUGCGACUAUACUCACUGGCUCAUACUCAAUUUACUACUCUGUAGUUGGAAAAACAUGUUAUAUACAGUGAAUGUGAAUAUGAAUGUGAGCAGUAUGAACAGAACUCGGACAUAGUGUACUACACCCGCCAUUUUGUCUUGAUCACGUGACCUAUCCAUGUCAGUUGCGUUCUUUCACUCCCAUUUAUGAAUUCUCUUGUGGUACAUCAUGGGAUAUCAUGAGAUGCACACUUCAGAAUCUCGCCGGAAAAAUUAGGUCAUUCGAGUACUCGAAUACUGUUCUACUAAUUUUGACAUACUACUCAGCUCGCAUAGUGUUUUGAGCAUAAUAUCCGCUUCUGAAGUGUGACGUCAUGCGAUGCGGCUUCUGGGUCUAAGAACUAUAUGAAACUGCAAGGGGAGACUCAACAAAUGUUAAUAAUAAACAUUUACAAAGCGGGGUAAUACUUUCGAAAAUCAUGAGCACAAUGUAUAUACCCAUGCUUAAUAUCAGAUAGCCAGAAAGUGAUAAUUUUUUUGUAUAAAUUGUUACAAUUUUGGUAUUUGUGAUGCAGCAAGUCUAGAGACAUUCAUUUUAAUGUGUGAUAUAACUAAAAAUAGGUCAUAAAUGAAUAUUUUCUCAAUUCAAAUGAGUAGCGGCUUGGACCCGGAAACAGUAUUCUAUACGUCACUGAUACACCAUGACUUAAUGCGAUUUUGGAUGCAGCCACUUACUUACUGGUCUUUUGGACUACUGUGUUUUGUUUCUUGAUUCAUUAACCCUCUCAUGCAACAAUUAGGCAACCGAUAAAGUAUGGAUGUCGGCAAAAUAUGUGAAAGCACAAUGAGCGUGAAUAGUCAUGUAUCAUGCGUUUAAGUCAAUAUUGUGUAAAUUUUUUCUGAAACGCAUUAAAAACAAGCAGAAUUUUAAUUUUUUUAAUUAAAAAUGCAUUGUUUAAACAGCAGCUGAUAUUAAAAGUUAUUUUUACAGGUGGGGUUUGGGAGGAUUUUCAUGCUAGUUUGUAAAAAUAAUAAUUAAUACAAAUGAGAUUAUACAAAUUAGCUUUUAUUCAAAAUCUAAAAUAGUUGUUUUCCAAGAGAUCAGUUUACGUGGUCUUUUAGCAUGUCUUUACAUUAAAAAAAACUGCCUGUGUGUAAGAUACUGAAUUCAGUAUUACUUCCCAAAAAAGAAGGCAAUGCUUUCGAUGAUGAUAACUAAUUAUACAAAUAACAAAUGAAUACUAGAAUACAUGAGCUUCAAUCACUGCUAUAGAAAAAAAGACCAAAGAGAGAAUGAGCUGCAAUCCUCCACACUACUACAGACAUGAUGAUGAAAUUGUGAGAAACUAUUAAUAUUCCUACUACAUCUGAUCAACAAAAGUCCUUCCCGCUGUGAAAUUUCUGCCCAAAAUAUUAAUCGUGCUGCUGGCAAAAUCUGAUGUUGAGUUGACUUAAGGCUUUUUUAUUAUUAUUAUUUACAUUUUUAAGGUCUUACAGUACGUUUUUGAGCAUUGAGUAAACACUGCCAUUUGAUAAACAUGUCAGAAACAUAUAUUUGGGAGGGAGGGGUUCAAUGUUUACAUAUGUUUAUGAGUAGAUGAAGAGGCAAACUCAUUUUUGUAAAGUAUUGCAUGAUUGGGGAAAUAUGAAACCUGUAGAUAAGCUUUCAUUUUGUUGAUUACACAAAGUUAGCAGUUGUAUGUUUGACAAAAAAAGUGUCCCUUUUUAAACUGUUAGCAAUUGAUAUAACUACAGGAAUGUAUAUGUACCCGUUAUAGGCUGGUUGUUCUGUGAUCACAGCAAGAUUGUAAACUUUGUUUCAAAAAUAAAAAUCUUAGUAAGAGCAGAAUGACAUACUUUAGAUUAGCACAUGCUACUCUUUUCAUUUUAGCUGUACAAAAGUACACCUUUUUUAUUAUCCGAUUACGAAUUUAAAAUGGACUUUUUCAUUUUUGUAGUGCUGAAAGGUUUUUUCCACUAGUCAAAGCCAUAUUGUUAGACUGCAAUAAUUAAUGAAAAAAUACUCAUCUUGUAGUCAUGCAUCUGUUUCUGUAAAACAAAACAAAAACAAAAAAAACUGUUGAUAUCUAUUGAACUCUUCAUGUCUGAAAGUGUAUAUGACAUUUCCUGUAGAGAGAGAGAGAGUCUUUAAAAAGAAGCUACUGUAUGUUCUCUAUGUAUUUAUGUGCGUCUGUAUUUGUUUGUGCUGUAAAAUGUUCUUUCAUGUUGUAUCUAUCUGUUCAUGUCUUGGUCUAAAGCAAACUGCAUCGGGUCCUAAUGUUUAUGUAUGCAUGCAGAUGAUUUUUGCAUUAAAUACCAAAUCGUAACGUCA